AAAAGUCUGCACCUAAACAAUCCAAUUUUUCACCGAUGAUUGCCAAUAAACCUUUAUUUUGCGCCCUGUCAGGAAGGUGAUUGUUGUCACCAUGGCGCAGGACCAAGCUACAGGGUUUAGUGACACUGCUAAUCUCACUGAAUCUGAAAGGAAAAGAAGAGAUGAUGUCCCUGAGUGCCCUGUCUGCCUCCAAGUCUGUAUUCAUCCAGUCGAGUUACCAUGUAACCAUAUAUUCUGUUUCCUCUGCAUCAAAGGGGUGGCCAAUCGAAGCAAACGAUGUGCUCUCUGUCGCCAUGAGAUACCUGUGGACUAUCUGAACAACCCUGUACUUUUAAAAGCUGAGGACCUGAAGAAGGAUAUUAAAGUUGACCAUGGAGGGUAUCAGUGGUUUUAUGAGGGGCGGAAUGGGUGGUGGCAGUAUGAUGAACGCACGACCAUAGAAUUGGAGGAAAAGUUCAGUAAGGGAGAGAAAAUGUUUGAGUUGCUGAUUGCUGGCUUUCUCUAUGUGAUUGAUAUUGACAAUAUGAUUCAAGUAAGGCGCAAUGAUCCCUACAGGAGGAGGCGGAUAAAACGUGAUCUCUCAAACAUUGAGAGAAAAGGUGUGGCUGGAUUAAAGAUAAUUCCACCAGAAGAGCGGGAAGGUGCUUAUGGUGAAGAGGGUGGGAAGAGUCCCCCUGCCACUGGUGGAAGCACAACUAGUGUUCAAGGACAGAGCUCUCAAGGACACAACUCACAGAAAAGCCCUGCAAGGACACCUGAUGCUACACUUGUGUCGCAGGCCCCAAGAAACAUGCUGCCUGGCAGUGAGGCAUCAACGCCAGAGUUAGACCGUGAUCUCAGCCUGCAGAUGGAUAACUUGAAUCUGGUUAUGUCUCUAGAUUCAACGAGGAGCACGGAUCUCGAUAGGAGCACGGAUCUCGAUAGGAGCACAGACCUUGAGGGGUCUUUUGGAGAACCUCUGGCCUCUGAUAGAAACAAAUCUGAUUAGGUUUGUGCGGACAAAUUCAGUUGAUGUCAUUAUUAUGAAAUGUUCCCCAAUAUGAAGGGCUUAUCUGUAUAAGUAUUUGAAAUGUUUCCGUUGAUGAAAAUGGUGCAAGAAUGUGAUUUCAAGACUUCGGUCAGUGCGCAGAUUAUUAUAAAUACAUUAAGGAGAAUUCAAAGAAGAUAGUUUAUAUACAAAACUUUGGCUAAUAGUAGUAGAAUUGGUACAGGAAGCUUGUGAUCAUUGUUAAAGAGAAUGUGAAGUCUCAAAAUGGAAUGGCUGCAUGAAAUUAUAUACUUCACCUACAUGCACUCACACAAUCUGCUCCAAGUCUUGUUGAACUUGAAACGAUCUGUAGUCAAUUUCACUCCUUCCACAUUGUAUUGCACGUGCAGCUCAGAUGUACUUUUGUACAGUGCAGAAUAUAUUCUUUAGCGCUGCCAAGGUUUCUUUUCAGCUUCUGUAGCACUAGCAGGUACAUGUAUGUCUGUGUACAAGGUAUGCAGUCAGCAGAGUUGGCCAUGAUGAGGUCCAAAAUACUAAAGUAUUUAGAGGUCUUGAGUUCUGUCCCCGGAGCUGAGCUCCCAAUAAGCAGGCAUUUCCAAGUAGAAUUACAUGGUACCCGGUACUAUGAUAGUGUAAAGGAUUAUCAAUUAGAUUACUUUCUAGCAACUUGCCAGAAUUGCUCAGCCUGUAUAUAAUAUUAAAUGGGAUUGUGAUUUCUGUUCACAUUUGUAAUGUAAAAUGUACUACAUGUAGUGUUCAUAAAAUUCAUGAUGUAAUUUCUUGAAAUGGCUGUGAAGAAAUUACACUGUAGUGUAAAUAAAAGCUCUCUCCAAAA